AUGAUUUCAGAUGUAGAACAAGAGGGGAGAAGUAAACUCUUUCUGGACCAGGUACAGACUGUAGCAGUAGGAAUGGCUAGUUCCGACAGAAGAGAAAUGUCGGUUGAUUCUGACGACGAAGUGUGGAAGAGACGUUCAGUGUCUGACAACAAAGUAGAAGAAGAAAAAAGUAGCCAGCUAUCACCUCUGACCUCACAUCUGAGGUCGCUGGACUUGUCUGGUGCCAGGGAGUACUUACUGCGACAAUUUGAGGAUGAGAUAGAACCAGCAGAGUUGCCAGGAGACCAGGAGAAGCAUUCAGGGAUUGCCGGGAAGUCACCCGUUGACCUAGAAACAGUUCAAAGUGAGAUAUCUGAGACAUCAUAUGCUGAUGUGUUUAGUCACUCCUACAGCAUGCUAGCUCAG